AUGAGAAAUAAAAACUUUCUGAUGAAUAAGAAAUUGAAAGAAAUGAGAGAUAAAGAAUAAUUAAAAAGAAAUUGGAGACAGAAUGAAAUUUCAUUAAAGAAAGAUUAUAAUUAAAAAAUGAUUAUGAAGGAGAAAAAUAAAGAGCAGAUGAUGCUGUUGAAUUGGAAGUAUCUUUUUAUAAUUUAUAAAUAGGAGAAUAAAAAUAAUUAGAUCAUCUUGUAGAUAAAAUUAAAGAUAGUGCAAAAGUAUUAGAGAUUCCCAAAAUCAAUUAUAUCAUAAAAAUGAAUAAUAAAAUUAAGAAAAAAUAAGAUUAUUAGAAAAGAAUUAGUAUGAAAUUAAUGAUUAAGAGACAUAUUUGGAAAAAGAGAAAUCUUAUGUUGAAAAUGAAAAGAGAAGACUAUAAAAUAUUUAAGAUGGUAUAAGUAGAAGAGAGUAAUUGUUUUUUGCAUCUAUGGAAGGGGAUAAGAGAUCAUUAUAGAGUGAAAAAUAACUAUUAUAAGAUAUCAAGGAAUCUUUGAUUACUUUGGAAAUUGAAACUAAAAAACGUUUUGAAUAAGAAAGUAUGUUUAUAUAAAGAUAAAAAUAAUUUAUUAUAUAUUAUUUAGAAAUGAACUAGAAUUAUUGA